CCGGCACUGUGUACAUAUACAAGCUUUUGAGUUUGACAUUGACCCAUACGUUUGUGUUUACGUGUAAUCGUGUAAAUGAUAAUAAAAAACGAAAUAAAACAUAGAAAGAAAACUUUUAAAUUUUAUUAUAGAUAAUUCGUCAAAUAAGUGUAAUAAAAUGAUAGAGCCAGUGGUUUUAGUACAUGGUGGAGCUGGUAAUAUACCUACGACAAGAGUACAAGAAAAAAUAGACGGUGUUACAAAAGCUGCUAAAAUUGGUUAUAAAAGACUUCUCUCUGGAGGCUCUGUUAUUGAUGCUGUAGAAGCAGCUGUAAAUUUUAUGGAAGAUGAUAUCGCAUUUAAUGCUGGAUACGGUUCAAUUGUUAAUUUGGACGGUCAAGUUGAAAUGGAUGCUAGCAUUAUGGAUGGAAAAAAUUUACAAUCUGGUUGUCUUGGUGCAUUAAAAGACAUUAAAAAUCCUAUAUCGUUAGCAAGAUUAGUCAUGGAAAAAACACCACACUGUCUUCUUGUCGGAGAAGGAGCAACAAAAUUUGCAAAGUCUCAAAAUGUGCCAAUUUUACCUCCCGGAACGUUAGUUACUCCUGUUGCCUUAGAAGCAUUAGAAAAAUGGAAGAAAAAAGGUGGCAUUGCAAAUACUGAAAUUGGGCCAGACCAAAAUCCUGGUAGUGUGGGUACAGUUGGCGCUGUAGCAGUGGAUAGAUAUGGUCAUGUAGCUGUUGCUACAUCUACUGGCGGUAUUAAUGGCAAAAUGGUUGGACGUGUUGGAGAUACCGCAAUUAUAGGUGCAGGAAGUUAUGCCGAUGAUAAUAUUGGUGCUGUUUCCACAACGGGACACGGAGAUACCAUAAUAAAAUAUUGUUUAGCUCAUGCAAUUAUUAAAUCUAUGGAAAAAGGACUAUCUGCUCAAGACUCAACUACAAAAAAUAUUGAUACAAUGACGGAAAGAUUAAAAAAUACUGCUGGAGCUAUAACAAUAUCAAAUAAAGGAGAAGUUGGUAUUGGGUUUAGUAGUGCUCGAAUGGCUUGGGCAUAUCAAAAGAAAAAUGAAUUACACUAUGGAAUCGAACAUGAUCAGCAUUGUAAGGAACUGAUUGAAGAAGAAUGUUAAUCAUUAUAAAUAAGAUGAAAUAAAGGUAAAAAAGUUUGUGAACCCUUAAAAGAUAUUUUUCAAUAAUUUUAUAUUCGUAUAAAUAA